AGAUCACUGCAGUUCCUUUUCGGGCGGCUGUAGGAUGGACGGCCGCCUAUAGGUGGUAGGGUAGGGUGGGUGGUACCGAAACGAUCUUUUCAGAUUGCGGCCAAUCUUCCUAACCGCGCGCGGGCCGGGCUUAGAGCGCGUGAAACUCAUCACUACCUCGUAAGGGCGUUGAGACCAUAGCAUGUUACACGAAAGCGCCGCUUUCUCUGUAGUGUUGUCACACAGCUGCCCGCCUAGAAGAGCCACUCGCUCUGUAGUGUUGUCACACAAGAUAAGCACGCCGCCCGCCUGCUGGCCGGGCGAAUCUAAGUUAUCUUCCGGUCAACUGUCCACCCAGUCAAGUGCAAAAAACACAGUAGAAUCACGCAACGCACGCUGCUGGUGUGCUUCCUGCUCGCGAGGAAAGAAAGAAGAGCGACAAGGUUCAGAUUUUACUGUUUGCAGCAUGGGAGCAGAUUCCCCAAAAAAUCCCUGGGAACAAUAAAAAAAAAGAUAUCUCGGUAACGAAAACUAUAGGGGGCUGUAUUGGCGAGAUCCAACGGUGAACAGCUUCCCAAAAGAAAAACCGCCUGGAAGUCCGAGGACCUUUAGUACUGUACUCUACCCCCGAACCAGCAGCCUUCGCGCCAAGCAAGACCGCCCUUGUCCCUCUUCGAGCAACUCCCCUCUUCGAGCGACUCCCGUUGGUCGUACCUCUUCGAGCGACUCCCGUUGGUCGUACCUCUUCGAGCGACUAAAUGAGUUGAACUAUGUUCAACGAAAUGAGUUUCACAUAGUGAAACGAAUCUCUGUUCUUCAGAGCGACUUCGUACCUCUUUCGAGAGACUUCGUUCCUCGAAUAGGUACGAAGUUGGUCGAGUCACUUCGUACCUUUCCUUUCUCCGUUCCGCCUCCUUCUUUGCUUUGUUCCAAUAUUCCAAUAGAGUAUAAGGCAAAGUGGUUCGUAUGCCUACUUUACCUACUUGACGAAAGGGAACGAAUCAGUCAGCCUCACUCCUUCCUUUCGUGAGGCUUUUGUUACUGGUGAACGCUUCCAAAGGCGACCCCCGGCUGUUUCCUAGAUUUAAGUAGCCUUUCGUCGCCCUACCAAACGAAUUCACUAUCAAAACAGCUCGCCCUAUUUCAGUACCAAAGGUGCGCUCAGCCCGGUGACUAAGAAAUGGGGUUGCCCUUUCAUUGAAGUGAUGUACUCGUUAGACUAUUAUACUUCUAUACUUCUAUUUUUUAAAUCUAAACGAUAUAAAUGAGUGUAACGUAUAUCUUUAUAUCUUUACGUUCAACUCCGUUCGUUUAUUCCACUCGUCAAGUAUAUUCGGAAAGAGGUACGAAGUCACUAGAGAAUUCGUUUCACUAUGUGAAACUCAUUCGACCUACGUACGACCAACGGGAGUCCCUCUCCCGUAGGUCGAGUGACUUCGUACCUCGAAGAGGGGAGAGGGAAGUAGGGCUCCUAUUGACUCAAGGUUGGUUCUUCGCUUUCCUUUAGAAUGAAAUAGAAUUAAAGUGGCUAUGAAGCCCCUACUACUUUCUUUGUUUGACUUUGUUUGAUUCAAAAGGCGAACAGCCCCUCCAACUAGUCGUAUGGGUGAUAAGCUGCCUUGGAUAUCAAUCAGGGUCUUUUGACUUGAGAAUCAAUAAAAGGCAAAGUGAGGAAUGAGUGUUCGAUAUAGGGGAUAGGAUCUAUCUGCUCUUACCACUUCAUACUUUCUUUUUUUUAUAGAAAUAUAUAUCAUUGAUUCUAAAGUAAAAAGACUUCGUUUUUGGGUUCCCGUUCCGAAUGCUUCUCCGAUCCGGAAGUUCUCGCGAAGAGAAGAAGAUGCUGCUCCCCUCUAACGCCGACGGGCGCGGGAGGUUCUAACAGAAUGAGUUGAACUAUGUUCAACGAAUCCCUUUCUGGCCUAUUGGGAUAGCAGCCUUCGGGCUUUGCCUGCCCUUUCAAAAUUGAAAAAUUCCGGCUCGGCCCGGGAAAGCGCUGGCAACAACAGAAAGGAAGGGGUCCAUGUAGCUGCUGCGUCCGCCCCCUUCUUAGUCAAUGGGGCACAGCGGGUUCGGCAUCUACUACAAAAGAUAGAAUCCACUUAAGAUAACCACGCCUCUGCUAGGCAGCGUGUGGAGCGGACCUUUUUGGAUAUAUAAUCCAAGUCGAGAGUAGAGUUACGGGAACAGCCGUCUGAUGGAAAACAACUUUCACGUUCGGUUCAGAGAGCACUUUUUUCGUUGAGAAUUCCUCGUUCCCUUUCGUGUGAAUUCCCCAGCGACGAAUUCAAAACUUGUGGGGCUUUCUCUCGAGCCCCGAAUCAAACCCCCUCCCCUUCGGACUCCAUAUCCCUUUUGACUCUAUAUAUGUGGGCACCUGAUAUCUAUGAGGG